GAUGUAGUCUGUAGUCCCUCAAAGUCCUCAGCGUAUGACUCACAGAGCAUAUCCCAGACUGUCUCCUCAAAGCCUUACUGCAAAGCCUCCUUAGUUCAUUUUCUUACAGUCUUGGUGUUGAAUUACUGGUUUGUAGGUUGAGGUAAGAUGUGCCAUAUUGUGGUCGGCGCUGCCCUUGGGUGGUAGAACGAUGGGCUUAUAUGCCUCCUUUAGCAUAUAACAAGACCAGGGUUCCUUACCGUAACCUUCCUUCUUUCAACACGCGUCCAGCCCGGCAAUCCACCGCUGUCACUGACACGCAUCCAGCCCAUCUGUCCGCCGCUGUUAUUAUCACGCUUCCAGUCCGUUUCUUCCCCGCUGGCUUCACCGCGCAUCCAGCCAGUCUCUCCGCCGCUGUCAUUAACACGCAUCCAGCCCGUCUCUCCGCAGUGCGAAGAUGGCGACGGACGGAGCAGGAGGGGAGACGCCGGCCCCGGUUCAGGCGUUAACGGCGGCGGCUCACGGUGGUCUCCGGACGAAAUGUGACUUUAACAUCGAUACCCUGAGCCGGCCGGAGCUGCUGACGCUGCUCAGCAUCAUGGAGGGCGAGCUGGAAGCGCGUGACCUGGUCAUCGAGACCCUCAGGGCUCGCAGGAAGGAGGUGUUCAUCCAGGAGCGCUACGGCCAUUUCAACCUGAGCGACCCCUUCCUGGCACUGCAGCGCGACUUCGAGGCUGGCGCUGGGGACAAGGAGAGGCGCUCCCUGUGCAGCAGCCCCCUGUCCGUGCUGGAGGCGGUCAUGGCGCACUGCCGCAAAAUGCAGGAGAGGAUGUCGGUGCAGCUGGAGGCCGCCGAGAGCAGGCAGAAGAAGCUGGAGCAGGAGAAGCUGCAGUUGCAGUCGCUGGAGGUGGAGCACCGGAAGCUGUCUGCGCAGUUGAAGGACGAGCGUGAGAAGAACAAGCAUGUAGUGAUGAUGCUGGUGCGUGAGUGCAAGCAGCUGGCGUCCCGUGUGGCUGAGGAGAGCCAGCGCUUCGACGAGCUGUCCGCCCGGCUUGAGGAGGAGGGCCGCGCCUCCAACCGCCUGCAGGAGGAGCUCACCGUCGAGCGCCACAAGGGGCAGCAGAUGGAGGCCGAGAUGGAGAAGCAGCUGUCGGAGAUGGAUACGGACCGCGAGCAGCUGCGAGCUCGGCUGGGUCGUGAAGAAGCCCGCUCCGCCGACCUGAGGGCCCAAAGCGACUGUCUGCGCCAGAAGGUGGAGCAGCUCCAGGUUGAUCAGGAUGUGAGCAGGGCACCCCCUGCUGGUCAGGCCGCCCAGCCCAAGGCCACCAUCUCUAUAGCCGUGGCGACGGACCCGCUGAGCUGCCGUCAAGCAUCCUGCCAGACGGACCCGUCUCUCGUGGAGGACGGUCCCAGGAAGGCCCCUCUCACUGUCCCUGUCAAGCCCUCCGUCAGUGGCUAUGCCGGCAUGAGCCUGCCCAAAUCCCAGAAUCCCCCAAGGGCCAUGACUCAUGGAAACUCCAUCGGUGGCAUGCAGACUGAGAACGGGCUGUCCUCCUCACCUGGCGCCGGCUCUGCCUUGCCAGCCGGGGCAAGCCCCCGGGUCCAGGCUGCUCGAUAUAAGUUCCAGUCCGUCCCCACGGAGCAGGACCAGAACGGCAAUGCCACCCCGAGCCCCCCGUCCCGGGACGAGUCUCCGACCAGCCGAGACAACCUAGCAGCUAAGCAGCAAGCCCGUCACACGGUCACACAAGUCCUGUCCCGCUUCACGAGCCCGCCCGCCACUGGCCCCCUGCGGCCCAGCCUGCCACACUCCACCUCCGAGGGCGGGCCUUUCCCAGGUCGGCUGAGCCACCCCCAGAUGAGCAUCAAGUCCCCUACGGUGGGCAGGAUAGACCGCGGGAAUCCGCCGCCAAUACCACCCAAAAAGCCCGGCCUCUCGCAGACCCCAUCCCCCCCCCACCCCCCUAUCAAGGUAGUUGGGGAGGGCAGCAGGUCCCCAGCCACUAGCCUGGGGACAACUUCCAAACCUGCCACGCCCCAGCUGCCACCCAAGCCCGCCAUCGCUUUGGGGGGCACGGGGGCCGGCUGCCCCGUCCCAGCCCUGACGGCAUCUCAGGUGGGUGCCUGCCCCCCCCAGCCACCGGGGCCGCACCAGGGAGCAUGCUCAGAGUGUCCCCCUGUUGCCAUUGCAGCUGUCAGUAGCUCCUCCAUAAAUCCUGUUAUCGCGUCAUGCUGUAGACCCCGUGACACAGAGCUCCCCCUGGCAGCAGCCUCAGGCUGGUGUUCCGCCGUAGUUCCUCCGCCGAGCCCCGGUGGCCCCGUCUCCCUGGCUGACGGGUGCGACCUCCUCCUCCAAGCUGCUACCCAGGGAACCGUCACUUUACUGUCUAUGCUGCUUAACCAAGACCCAACGGUUAUCAGUCCCACCAAUGAAACCUCUGCCUUGUAUUCUGCUGCUCAAGACAGACACACGGACUGUGUGAAGCUGCUGCUGGCUUCAGGGGCAACAUCCCAAGGCCCUGACAGACACGGAUUUACCCCUUUGCUCAUCCCUGUCUCUCACGGCCACUUCGGACUUCGCUGUUCCUGGCAUGUGGUUCCUGGAACCCAAAGUAUGUAAAGUGGCCCUGCUGGAUACCGGGGGCUCUCUGCACGCCUGUUACUGCUCGCCCUCUGGUGUUUAGGCUCAGAUCCACACGGACUCUGCCGAGCGGCUCUGGGCGAUCGAGAGAGAAGGCGCCCCUCGUGGGCACCGUGACGGACCACCUGGAUUUGUUUUGGAGCCUGACCAAAACCCUGACCUGGCACUUCCAUCUGAAUAAUAAGAUGGGGGUCUGGGUUCCAUCACUCCGGACCCUAUCCCAGGUCAGCACCAUGUGGCACCAGCCUGAGGACCCCAGAGGGGGCACCGUGUAGAAGCCUAGGUACCUACGUUAUUGCUGUACUCCCACCUGAUGACUUGAUGCAGGAAUUUCCGACUGUGUGUUCCAGGGGGUUUGAGGCAGACACCCGCAGGUGAGUUCACGGCCCUCUCUCAUGCGUCGGCUAUGACCGGCCGCUGAACACAGUCGUGCUUAACGGGAUGGAUGCAGGCGGCUGAACAUGCGUCGUGUCACAGCUGUGCAGACGUUGCUCUUGGAAACGCACAGUAUUCCCAGGCAAGUGGAAGGGCUUUGUGAUGACAGAUGGCUUUGAAAUCGUUCUGUCAGUAGCGUGCUACAUUGCAAUUAACUAUAAUUACAGUACUAAUGGGAAGAGUUGAAUUAGAGCUGUUUUUGGGUCUCUCUUCUGUUUCUCGGUUCAGCUAAAAGGUUGACUCUGGUCUGAAGGCUGGCGCAUGGCAGCUGUUCCAGGUGGACCAGGUGGCCCCCAAGCCAGAUACUGAAGCCAGCAGCCAAACAGGAACACCAAGGGUACAGCAGGAAUCUACGGCUGGCCGCUUCAGGUGUGCUUCCGAUACACACGUUAAAGCAGCCUCUUCAGUCUGCAGAAUCGAAGUCUGCCGGAUGGCGAAAUCCUCACCUCCAUGCGCAUUGAGAAACCGAUAAACUGACCGAAUGCGCUCACAGUCCGCCCCCCCCCCCCCCAUACGCACCCCCCACAAGCCAGCAGCAGAACAAGGCAAGUAACUCCCAGUAUCACCCAGGACGCACACGAUCGGAACAAGACCCACAAGCUGACGUCCAAACCCCCCAUCUCUGUACAUGAUAGAAUUAGGAUCAUGUCCGCUUUUGUACUUGUUAAAUCAUAUUUGUUACAAUGUUUGUGUAACAUUGUGAACUUGGGGACCAUACUUUUAUUAUCUUAGUGAAGUCAAAACUGAAAGGACAGUAAAAUUUUCAAAGUUUUCUUUUAAGCAAAAAAAAUAUUCUGGAUCAAUGCAGAAACGGGCCACUUUUUGGUAUUGAGUAUUUUAAAAUAUGAAUGUGCUCUAUGUUUAAAUAGUUCCAAGGUUAUUUAAAAUGCUGUUGAAAUUAAUCAGGGUUUUACCAAAUAUUUGUAAAUAUGAAAUAGGAGUUUAUGGUAUACAGGUUAGUGAAAUAUGUGAGAUACUUGUAAAGACUUUGAUAAUACUGUACAUACAGAGGGUGGACAAAAUAAUGGAAACACCACAUGAAAAAAGGAAGUAACUAAAUCGCAAUUACAAAUGCAGAUAAUGUGAGUCAUAUUGAGACUGAACAGCGUUGGCAUUAUGUGUGUCAGCUAUAAGAAAUCUGAGGACGAGCGCCUUCAAGUGUGAUGUUCCAAAGUCGGGACGGAAUUGCAGGUGCACCGAUCAGAAAAACUGUAGAAUUAUUACAUACAGUCAAUCAAGAGUAAACUGGUUCAAAAAUACCCACAUUAAAAGCAAAACAGACAAACUGUAUCAGCAAAGAGGAACAGUGGUCACCAGCCGGGACAGAGGGAGAUCAGAAGCACCACUGAAGGGCAGCUUGAAAAACUGCCAUAGAACUGAGUCAGCAUCUCUGGGAUCCAGUGCCAGGGAGCCUGUACUUUUCUCAGAUCACACAGCUGGACAGUAAACCAGGAACUGACUGUAUCCAAGGCCAAGUUACAAAGGUACAUUGCUUGCUCUAAGGAGCACGCAUACUGAUCCCCUGAGUCAUUAGAUGUGAACAUCAUGGAAUAUUUAUGGAACUUUCUGGAGUGUAGAAUAUCGAUCACCUCCUACGUCCCUGAGAGAAACAGGGGCUUUCCUUUCAGAAGAAUGGUGCAGGAUCUCACUGCGCAAGCUUCUGGGAAGGAUGACAUACUGUACCAUGCCUGACGAAGGCAACGGGUGGCCCUGCUCUCCGUAUUUGCUCCUCGACAUUAAUAUGCUGUUAGGUGUUUCUCUUCUUUAAUUCACCCACUGCAUGUUUGUAAUCUACAAAAUGGGUUCAUACAUUUUCACUUGUUUCAAAGUGAAUGGAAAGUGGCAAUAAGUAUUUGCAAAUACAGGACAUUUUUUUUUUCAAUUCUAAGCCAUAAUAAACCAUUUUAAAGUCCAAUUCAAAGCCCUGUUCAAAUUCACAGCAGCAGUUUUCUCUUUGUUUUACCUGAUACUUUUCCAUGUUACACUUGUACUACUCAUUCUGCUGAAUAACUUACUGAGCUGUUUUGUGUUGAGAUGUGACGGUGAUUCACUGAAACCUGAAGAAGUGUCCUGCUUUCUGCAAGCACAGCCAUUAAAAAGCUGCACUCUCUCUA